AUGGACAAAGCUUUCGAAAUACAAAAACAAGCUCGGGAUAAUGUGAAAACAUUACAUACAUAUCUCACAGAUCUACAGAACUGGGAGAUUGAAAUGAAACGUAAAGAGGCCGCACUUAACGGUGAUUUUGUACAGGAUCUUCCACCUAUAAGGAGCAAGGCGCAUAAAGACAAACCUGUGCAAGUUAAAAAGAAGCCCUUGAAGAGAAUCGUAGACUACGACGCUUGGGAUAAGUUUGAUGCUAACAAAGCAUGUGAAGAAGUCGACAUGGCAGAUGUAGGGCCAGUGUCCCUUGAUAGCAAGAAGAGUCAGGCGGCGAAGGCUGAGCGGUUGAAAGAAGAAGCCCAGUAUGAGAAAGAGAGGGGUAAUAAUUUUGUAAAGCAAGAGAAAUGGGACGAGGCGAUCUCCUGCUACAAUAGAGCCAUUGAGCUGGUGAAGGAUGACGCUAUAUAUUACGCUAAUAGAGGAUUGUGCUACUUGAAGAAGGAUAGCCUUCAUCAAGCAGAAACAGAUUGUACCGAGGCACUUCGUCUAGACCCUACAUAUGUAAAGGCCUUACAACGUCGAGCCACAGCUAGAGAACGACUGGGGUCCCUUAGGGCCGCUUCCCAUGACUUAACAGAGGUCCUCAAGAUUGAACCCCACAACACUGCAGCAAGGCGACAGCUUGAGGCUAUUAAAGCCAGAAUGGGGACUAAGGGGACAAAGUCAAAAUCAUCACCGUCAUCAACGCCCACAGUGGAAUCUAAGCCUAUCACCCCUCCCAAGUCAAAAAUAGUGGAAUUGCCAUCAGAGCCGGUUAAGAAGGAACUGACUCCGCUUGAAAAAUGGAGAAACGGUGUCGGCGAAAAUAUUACUGUGAUAAGACCGGUCAAGAAACCACCGCAUUUGAGAUCUAAGAGAGCGCUAAAACAUAUAACUAUCCACGAAAUACAAUUAGGAGCUAAUAAGAGAGAUGAAAAACCAUCGAGCCAUGUUAAAACACUCAAUGUAAAUGACAACGCCCAUGGGGAUACAAACAACAAUAAGGCCAAUGACAACAAUGUUGAUGCGACCACGAAAGACGGUAACAGGGUAAAAGUUAGUAAUGCUGGGGAUAAUAGGAAUAUUGCUAAUGCAAUUAAUACAGUGCAAAAUAUGGUUCCACCGGUUAAUAGUGUUCAGUUUAUGUCGCAAUGGAAAUAUUUGAAAGGCAACGACGAAGCUAGAAGCAAUUAUUUGAGGUUAAUAGAACCAACAAAACUGCCGUCAAUCUUCGAGAAUGCUCUAGAAAGCGACGUUCUCUCCGAUCUCCUUUAUAUUAUAUGUAUUAACAAGGAUAAGUUUAGAAACAAAAUAUCUGCUUACUUGAAAAAUCUCUGCAAGGUCAAACGCUUUUCUGCACUUGCCAUGUUUCUCACUGUCAGCGAUAAGGAAUUACUAAUGGACAUGCUGUCUCACUGCAAGAAAGCGGAAAACUUGACGGACAGUGAAAUCUCGGAUUUGACAAACAAAUAUGAACUUUAAAUGUAUUAAUAAGUGUGUUCAUGUUGUGUUUUUAUUUUCAGUAGUAAAUGUGAAAAUGUCAUAAAUCUUUAGGAACUA